UCCACGGAAUCGAAGGGUAGGAAAAGUAUGACGUAAGGCUGGGCAAGGCAGCAGCUUGGUCAGAGACGAUUCAAGACAACGCCGGAUGUUUGAAGAUGAUCAUUUCAUCUCUUGUUCACGCUUUUCCAAGAAGUUGGACAGCCAUGUCGCCGAUCGAUGACGACGGAAGACGCCGAGGAGAAAGAGUCUCGACGUCACCAUGUGGUAAGAUCCAAGACUGGCAUUUUCAAAACCGAGAAAUGAAGAUGUUCCCGUUUGAUUCCAGAUUUCAAGACGUCCGGAUUCUACAUAUUGCUUCUAGGUGUCGUCAACGGCUUUGUGCAUCUAUCGACACUGCGCUAAUCACGGAAUUGGGAACCAGCACGACACUCUUCGCUUUGCCCAUGUUUCAAGAUUUCGGAAGUAUUCCUUCUGAUAUGCAUCCCCCGCCGAGCUAAUGGCGCACACCCUGAAACAUUUGGCUAUAAGCUUCUAUCGAAACUCGGGCGUGCUUAACAAGACCGAUUUCUGUACCGUCUGCCGCGAAAUUACUGAUGUAUCAACAACAACAAACACGAC